AUGCGGCAGCAGAGAGACAGAUCAGUUCUGGUCAGAAUGACAAUCGAUCUUCUCAAGGUGGCUCAUGACAUCUUCUACUCUGAUCACAACACGAAAUUUAAUCUUAAACAUGCGUGGUGUGUGUUGAGGUAUGAGCAGAAAUGGCUUAACCUAAACACUCCUAAACCUAGUGGGAGUUCAAAGAGAAAAGCUGGAGAGACAUGUUCACAAACUUCAAGCACCACUGUUGGUGAUCAUGAGAUCCGUCCUGAAGGUAUCAAGGCUGCUAAAGCUAAAAGGAAUAAUGCUCAAGGGAAGUCUCUUGCUGAGUAUACGAGCAUUUGGGAAAUGAAGAAGAAGGAUCUCAUGAUGAAGGAGAAACUGUCAAAGCUUGCCAUACUAGACACACUCCUAGCCAAGAAAGAACCACUAAGUGAGGUUGAAGAAGUUGUCAAGAAUAAGCUACUCUCCCAGUAUUUAUGA